AUGAAGAUGAACCCGGAUUCAGAUCGAUAUACGCGGCCAGCGUCCGCCGCGAAAUAUAAUGUCUUUUCGAGGUACUUCCAAGAUCCGCACCGCGUGCUGGUGCUCAAGUUGGAUUGUUUGUUGCUUGUAUGGAUGUUUGUGGCCGGUCUGACCAAAGAUAUGGAUCAAUCAGCGACAACGCAAGCAUACGUCUCUGGAAUGCAAGAAUCGCUCAGUCUAUACGGCAACGAGCUGGUCGAAUUCACCACAUACUUUUCAAUCGGAUAUGCGUUGGCCAUUGUUCCGUCGCAAAUGAUCCAGACGUUGAUUCGGCCGUCGCUCGUUUUGCCGGUGUGCGAGAUCAUCUGGGGAUGUCUGACUCUUUCAACAUAUGCAGCCAAGAAUGCACACGCAGUAUAUGCCAUUCGGUUCUUCCUGGGCAUUUUCGAAUCGACCUCUUGGCCUGGAAUUGUUAGUCUCAUAUUCAACUGGUAUACGCCGCCCGAGCUAGGAAUGAGACUUGCUAUCUUCGGAGUCAGUGGUCAGGCCGGCAGUAUGUUCCUGGGUAUUCUGCAAGCUGCUCUUUAUAAGAACUUGAAUGGUGUCGCGGGACUGCAGGGAUGGCAAUGGCUGUUCAUAGUCAGCGGUUGUAUCACCAUAUUCUGGGGCCUUCUCGGUCUCCUCAUCAUUCCCGAUUCACCUUCGAUCACACGAGCCAUAUGGCUGACCCACGCGGAGCGUCGUCUCUCAAUCAAGCGCAUGGAGGAUUAUAAGACCGAAACAUCCAAGCUGAUCGAUUAUCGGCGGCUGUUCAGAAAAGCGAAGCAGAUCGCGCUUAGUCCUGUGGCUUGGUUGUACAUUGCCGCCUAUUUGCAAUAUGCCUGGAGUCAGAGGUCAAAUUCUUACUUCCUCUUGUAUCUGAAAGGAAUCACUGGUGCUGAUGGCCAGCCGCUUUAUAGCACUUACACUGUCAAUCUGAUCCCACUCGGGGGUUAUGGUAUCUCCAUUGUCAGCACGGUGGCUCUAAAUGCGCUCAGUGACUGGAAGAACUGGCGUGUUCAGGUUUCAAUCGGACCUGCGAUUCUCCAAAUCAUUGCAUGUGCUGUUCUUUCGGCGUGGCCCAGCUCGACACCUACCAUCAUGACGUUUUACUUCUUGACAUUUGCAACUGCAGCCUGGGGAUAUGCUCUUCUCGCCUGGAUUGGGGAGAUUCUUAGGAAGGAGCCCGAGGCGCGCUCUCUGCUUGUCGGUGCAUCUGUCACCUUAGUUUAUAUUGGACACGCCACAAUUCCCCUCCGCGCGUGGCGAACCUCCGACAGCCCCCGUUACCCUAUUGGGUUUCCCUUAGCGACAGCAUUCGCCGCAGGCAGCAUCAUGUCAAUCCUCGGUAUUUACUUCUAUGUAAAGAAAAACCCCGACCUACUAGAAUACGGACUCGACAAGUCUACGCGAUCCGAAUCCUCGUCCUCCAGCCUCCAUGAAACCGAACGUCGGGAGAGUGUUGGGAAACCCAACCCAUCAAGUAACAUCUCCGAGUUGUGA